AUGCCAUCGGUAUCCCAUGUGUCACUGCUUCUCGAUUAUGAAAAUCCCGUAUCAUUAUCGCCAACUCAGGUUGAAACGAUUGCAAUUAUUGGAGGCGGUGCUUCUGCUGCUAUUAUAUUGGACUGUUUGUUAAAGGAGCCGGACUCAAAAAUUAAGCUAAUUACUAUAUUCGAAAGACAGCCAAAGCUAGGUGGUAUCUGGUACUAUAAUCCAGAAACAAUACAAACUCCAAACGAUAUAAUCAAGUCAGGGAAUCUGGACUUGGAAAAUGAUCCACAACUUGAAAAUCCGUUUCACAUUCAUAAAUAUACAAGGAAAAUCCUUCUUCCUAAAAGUAAACAAGAAAGAUUUGUACAAACUCCUAGUUAUCAUGGGAUGACAACAAAUAUUAUUGAACAGUUGAUGACUUAUAGCGAUGUUAACCAAUGGAGCACAGAUGACACUGAGAAGCGGCAGCAACAACAACAACAAGAUAAUAAAUAUGUAGUUGGCACUGAGAAGCAGCAGCAACAACAACAAGAUAAUAAAUAUGUAGUUGGUACUGUGGUGCAAAAGUAUAUUGAAAAGUACAUCCACCGAAAUCUAGAUAAUCCAAAAUUUGUAUUGAGGUUAAAUUCAACAGUUGAGGAUGUGGAAAGAAUAGAUAGGCACGAUAGUGCAGAUAUUCCUUAUAGAUUCACACUAACCAUAAGGACUUUUCAUGACGAGAAACAAGAUCUUUGGUACCAGCAAGACUUUGACUCUAUAGUUGUUGCCAGUGGUCAUUAUCAUGUGCCAUUUAUUCCACAUGUACCUGGCUUGAAGCAAGUGCAAAAGAAGUAUCCACAAGUUGUUCAGCAUGCUAAAUUUUACCGGGACUCUCAAUUCUACGAAAAUAAAACUGUAAUUGUUGUUGGCUCAAGGGCAUCUGGUUCUGACUUGACUAAGUUUGUUGCAAGGGAGCCCAAUACCAAAGUGUAUCAAUCUAUUAGGAAUUUUGAAAAAACAAAAGUGAGAUCAAACAGAGUCAACGCUAUAACAAAACCACCUAUUAAGGAUGUUCAAGUCUCGGAUUCUGAUGGGAUCAUAGUAACAUUUGAAGAUGGUACCACGAUUGAGAACCCCAACCAUAUCAUAUACUGCACCGGCUAUUCAUUUUCCUACCCAUUCUUAAAUCGUUUUUUUAAUAAUGCUAUAACCAACAAGGGAGUAACCGUUAACAAUUUAUAUCAACAUACUUUUCUCGUCAGCGAACCAUUAAUUACAAUUAUUGGUGUUCCCAUUGAUGGUAUCUCAUUUAGAGUAUUUGAAUAUCAAGCAAUUUUACUCUCAAGAUAUUUGACUGGUAAAGUUCAACUACCUUCAAGAAGUCAACAAUUAGAAUGGGUACAAGAGAGAUUUGAAGCUAAACAAAAUACUCGGUCAUUUCAUACAAUCGGAGCUGAGGAUGCGCUCAAUUAUGUUCAUACUUUAACAAAUUUAGGAAAUGUUUCAAAAAAGUGCAAUCUUGGUCGUGAAUUUCCUACUUUGACAGCUGAUGAUGUUCUUAUGUAUAAACAAGCUGGUGAAAAGUUGAAAAAAUUCUGGGACGAAAGAUGA